CACACCAGUGAUAACGAGAGGUCUAAAUUUGGUAGGCAAUAGUCUGAAUUGUGACGGAAAGUGGAAGUGGAUUUCAUGUGCAUGGUCAUGCCGUAAAAAAGCUUAGACCAGGUCGUGCGCUGCUUUUCUCGCAGUAAAAGGCAGUAUUUAAAAUAUUUAACGGUAAGACACAGCUUUUUUCAAAGGCAGGUGGGUCCAAAAGACUGCCUGUGUGGAUGUUUAGCUGUGGACCGUUAGUGAGCGUCAAGGUUGCCAAUAAGUUUUUAUACGACAACAACUACAUUCAAUGCAAAGUAAACAUAUAUAGUUGUUUGACAGUAACUUUAUAUUAGCAGGAACAGGCUGUAGAGGUUGUCGGGAGAACUUGGCAACGGUGGCAGACAAGGUCGCAGCUGAGCUGAAUAACAGGGGAGAUGGUUUUUGGUGGGCGCUGCAUUGACUGAGAAUGCGCAUCUGCAGAAAUGCUACAUGGAUGAGGAACUCAAGAUAGUUGACGUCUGGUCGGAUAACUUAGAAGAUGCAUUCGAAAGAAUAAGAGAUGUACUGGAACGAUACCCAUACGUCUCCAUAGACACGGAGUUCCCAGGUAUCGUUGCCAAACCCACGACAUACCAAGAAGAUUACAAUUACCAAACCGUAAAGUGCAAUGUAGAUCUGCUGAAACUAAUACAACUAGGUCUGACAUUUGCUGAUGCUGAUGGACAGACGCCUAGUGGAGUAUCAACAUGGCAAUUCAACUUUAAGUUUGACCUGCAGCGCGACAUGUACGCCUAUGACUCUAUUGAACUACUCAAACAAAGUGGAAUAGAUUUCGAGAAACACCAGCGCAAGGGUAUAGACGUGGCACACUUUGGGGAGCUGAUUAUAGCUUCGGGUCUUGUGAUGAAUGAAGAUGUAGUUUGGGUCAGCUUUCAUGGAAGCUAUGACUUUGCAUAUGUCCUGAAAUUACUUACAUGCACCACACUACCGACAAAUCAAUCUGAUUUCUUCGAUUUGUUACACGAUUUCUUCCCUUCGCUUUACGAUAUCAAGUACUUGCUUGACGAACGCUCAAUCAAGUUGACGAGCAGGAGUAGUCUACAGAGGAUCGCUGAACAUCUGGAUGUAAAACGAAUAGGUCCACAACACCAGGCAGGAAGUGAUAGCCUUGUAACGUGCAGAACUUUCUUUAAAUUGAUGCAAAGGUACUUUGAGAACAAACUGGACGAUGAGAAGUACCAGGGUAUCAUAUACGGACUAGGUAAAACAUCGGCAAGAUUGUACGCAGAUGGUAAGAGCGACGGUCUAUACAGUACACCAUCAUAUCCAAUCGGAGCUCCUUAUGCUAACGGGGCUGCGAACGUCAAAUGGGGACCUGAUAUGCAACAGCAUCAUGUACAAACCACGCUCAACCCAGGAAUUGUGAACGCUAAAUUGCAUACCACGACUUCAGGAGCGGUCAUUUUAAACUCGUCGGGGUCUAACACUCUAGGGGACGUAGGAAGCCCUAUGGGCACCACGGUAUUGCCGUCAAACGUUACCCUAGUAAACAGCGCUGCUAUCAACAACAUGAACGAAAUCAGCUUUUACGAUGCACCACACUACAAUCAGUAGACAUCCCAACUAAUGCACUGCCGUCGUCGUCUCUAGCAUCACCAGCGGUUAUCCGGUGGCCAAACACGUCAUUUACGAGAUUUUCUCUAGCAUGAAGUGGCAAAAGCUACUGCAAAAACAACUAACUUCUAAAGAUCAUAACAUUUUUGUUAUUAG